AUGCUCGUUUUGGUUUUGGGCGACUUACACAUUCCGCAUAGAUGUAGUAGUCUGCCAGCGAAAUUCAAAAAACUCCUGGUACCAGGCCGGAUACAACACAUUUUGUGUACUGGCAACUUGUGUACAAAAGAAUCCUACGACUAUUUGAAAACGUUGGCGGUGGAUGUUCACGUUGUAAGGGGCGAUUUCGAUGAUAAUUUAAACUAUCCAGAACAGAAAGUUGUUACUGUGGGGCAAUUUCGUAUUGGCUUGUCACACGGACAUCAAGUCGUACCUUGGGGUGAUCCAGAAGCAUUGGCCCUUAUUCAAAGGCAACUAGAUGUAGACAUUUUGAUAUCAGGCCACACACAUAAGUUUGAGGCUUACGAGCAUGAAAAUAAAUUUUAUAUCAAUCCUGGCAGUGCUACAGGAAGUUAUAAUGCAUUAGAUUCGACCAUAACACCAUCUUUUGUUUUAAUGGAUAUCCAAAAUACCACCGUGGUUACGUAUGUAUACCAACUUGUUGGAGAUGACGUCAAAGUCGAAAGAAUAGAGUAUAAAAAGAAUUAA